CAGAAAAUAACAUCUCCACUUUAAAGGAACAUUUUGUGACUGAACUGGGAACAGAAGGACUUUAGUGGAGGGGCUCUCAGAACAAAACUGAAAGCACUCAAAGUUAUCAGCAGGAGGAUGGCUGAGGGAGGCUCGGUUAACAUGCAAACACUACACGAGUCGUUUAAGAAGUUUGCUUCUUAUGGAGACACCAAAGCGACAGGCAAUGAAAUGACUGGGAAAAACUGGGCCAAGUUGUGCAAGGACUGCAAGAUCAUCGAUGGCAAGACCAUCACCUCAACCGACGUGGACAUCGUCUUUUCAAAAGUGAAAGGCAAAACAGCUCGAGUGAUCACCUUUGAAGAGUUUAAAAAUGCAUUGGCAGAGCUGGCCCCCAAAAGAUUCAAAGGCCAGAGUAAGGAGGAAGCUACUGAAGCUGCGUACAAGCUGAUCGUGGGGAAAGACCCAACAAAUGCCGGUGUAACGAAAGUGACAAAGACCGGUGCUGUUGACAGACUAACGGACACAUCCAAGUACACAGGCUCCCACAAGGGACGUUUUAAUGAAGACGGAAAAGGCAAAGGGAAGAUUGGGCGAGAAGAUGUAAUAGAUAAAACAGGUUAUGUUGGAGCUUACAAAGGAGCUGGCACUUAUGAUGAAAAGGCAAAAGAGAAAUAAUGCUAGGAGUGAUUUCUGGCUUAGGUGCCUUGUUGUGAAUUGGAGAAAUGUUUUGGUUAUUCUGCUGAAAAUUUAAGAACAUUAUAGAAUUUCUGCUUAAAAUCUUAAGCUUUUAAUUAAAAAUAAUAAUUUAAUAUAAAAUAGUGAUAAUCUUCGGAAUGGACACAGCUCAUUUACAGUUUUUUUAUAUUUUGUGUAGAAAGUAGUUAUUAAAAAUAAACAGUUAACACCUAUGUUAAAAAAUAAACCGAGGGAAAGAUUUUGUGUCGACAGCCACAUGACAAAGAGGAAAUAAGCCCCAAAAGUAUUAAGUACAUUUUUUCUAUUAGAAAUGUUACAAUUUAAUAAUGGAAAUUGCAUUUCAUAUACCCAUUAUAGAAAAAUAAUGUAUAACUAGUCUUAAAUAUAACCUUUAUAAAAUAAUUUAAAUAUUAUUCUUAGAUUACAGAUACAUGCACUUAACUACUUAACUAUCCUUGACAAGAAGACUCUGAAUUUUGAAGCAAUUUCCUUCUGAUGGGCCAACAAUGCGUAACAAUGCAUGGGUCUGAAGAAGGGUCCCGACCCGAAACAUCACCCGUCUUUUUUUCUCCAGAGAUGAUGCCUGACUGGGUUACUCCAGUACUUAAGUGAUCAUAAGUGAUAGUAGAAUUAAGUCAUUCGGCCCAUCAAGUCUACUCCGCCAUUCAAUCAUGGCUGAUCUAUCUCUCCCUCCUAACUCCAUUCUUCUGCCUUCUCCCCAUUACCUCUGACACCCGUACUCAUCAAUAAUCUAUCUAUUUCUGCCUUAAAUAUAUCCACUGACUGGCCUCCACAGCCUUCUGUGGCAAAGAAUUCCACAGAUUCACCACACUUUGAGUCUAUCUUCAGCGUAAACCAGCAUCUGCAGUUCCUUUCUACACUCAAUGCUUUACACAGUAUUGCUGCUGCCUUUCUGUAGGACUACAGCCUCUGUCUAGUGUUGCAACAUGCUGCAGGUUGGAGGCACAAGAUGUUGUAUGCAAACUCUGUUGAUAUUGGCAUUGCACCAUUCCACGCAUGAUUCCAUUGCUUUAGCAAAAUCCCUGGAAAUGAGAUGGCGUCAAAAAUUCCUCAACAAGUCGAUAGGAGUGAAAUAUACCGGUUUCAACAUGGAAACAGUCUUUUAUCAUAGCAAGAUUACAUCACUAUUUGCCCUGUUCUGGUUCUAAUUCACCCCCCUUCAUAAUUGCAUUCUUUUUAGAUUAAUAAUAAAUAAUGCAAUGUCACUGAUUAUCCAAACAGACAUGCUGGAAUAUAUUUUAGACUCCAGCCAUAGUAUGAUGAAUAAACUCAAAUAAUCACUAGAAAACACUGGGAGUGGAAGCUCAUAAGAGUGCCCUUGUUAAUGAAACUCAAUGAGAUACUAUAAUAUGACGUCACCCAGUUAUUAAGAUUAUUGAUGGAUGAUGGUGGAUUAGAUUUUCCAUAUUGAAAGUUUCUAUGUUCCCGGGACUGGCAGGCUUGAGUUAUAAGGAGAAACUGGAUCAAUUUUUUCCCCUGGAUGUAGAGGCUAAGGGUUACUGUAUGGAAGUAUGUAAAAUCUUGAAGGGAUUGGUCAGAUGAAUAGUUGCUGAAUUUUUCCCAAAUUAAGUGCAUCUGAAAUGAAGGGGCACUGAUUUAAGAUGAGGGGAAAAUUUAAAUAGGGACAUGACGGGCAACCUUUUUACACAGAGGGUGGUGAGUGUCAGGAACAAGCAGCCAAAGAAAGUGGGUAUAAUUGUAACUGCUUAAAAGACAUUUGGACAGGUGCAUGGAUAGAAAGGAUUUAGAGGGAUAUAGGCCAAACACAUGGCACAGUUGGGCAGCUGGUAGAAUUACUACCUCACAGCGCCAGAGACCCGAGAUUCGAUCCUGACGACAGGUGCUGUCUGUGUGAAGUUUGUACAUCACAAAGAUAUGUGAGUUUGGAGGUUCAUUGGCCUCUAAGAAUUGCUCCUAGUGUGUAGGGAGUGGAUGAGAAAGUAGGAUAAUAUAGAACUAGUGUGAAUGGGUGAUCAAUUGUCAGCGUGGAGUCGGUGGGCCGAUGGGUCUGUUUCAAGAUUUAUCUCAAAACUAAACUAAACUAAACUAGCUCAAGUUGGCAAUUGUUCUGCAUGGACAAAUUGGGUCAAAGGGCCUAUUUCCGUACUCUUUAACUGACUAAUCCUUACUGAUUAUGAUCUGGCAGGGUCAUAAGAUCAGUUUUAGUACUGAAACUUUGUACAAAAACAUCCGCCCUCUUAAAGCACCCUUUAAAUUGGGGGAAUUGACUGCUUUGUUGAACUUCCUUCAAUGCCUUAUGUACUGACGCAGUAAUAAUACUGUAUUGUAUCAAUGUAUUAUUUCCCAUGUGCAGAAAGCUAAAAUGGUGUGUGGCAUAAUGGACAGUAUGGGUGUUUAUGUAAUAUUAUUCAAAUAUAAUAUUUUGAAUAAAAGAUGAUAUACCCAAACAUUAUUUUGGUGCAAGUAUACUACAGUAAUAUUUACAAAGAUUAAAAAAUAUAUAUCUA